UUCUACCUUCUUUAAAAGAAAUUAACUGGAUUUCUUUCAGAAAACUCCAAUGAAGGCUGGUGGUUACCGCCGAUAUAACCUUGAAUCUCUUGAAAAGGCCUAUGAUUUUGUUAUUUCUGGUGCUGCUGGACCAUGGAAAGCAUCUCAACUCUUUGGUGUCCCAGAAACAACAUUAAGGGACCGUGUUGCUGGGAGAAUAAGACCCGACACAAAGCGUUCUGGCCCUCCAACUAUCCUCGCCCCUGAUGUCGAGCGCACCAUGGUGGAGCAUAUUGAAGAUAUGGCAAGAAGAGGAUAUGGAUACACCAGGCAAGACAUCGUUCACCUCGGAAAUGACCUUCUCUUAUCAUUGGUAAAGACUACACCAACACAGAAGCCAUUGUCCUUCAAAUGGUAUUCCGGCUUCAUGUCAAGAUGGCCAAGUUUACAGUUACAGACACCAAGAUCAUUAAGCAUGUUAAGGGCUAAAGCCUUUAACAAAGAACUAAUUGACAAGUAUUAUAAUGAUCUCAAAGCUAUCCUCCAAAAGUAUAAUCUCAUGGACAAGCCUGAAUUGAUAUACAACCUCGAUGAGACAGGUGUGAAUACAGAGCACAACCCACCACGGAUUGUUGGCCCUGUCAAUGAACGCCUGCCAGCAAUCACAUCUACUCGAGGCGCGAUCACCACAGUUCUUGCAUGUGGGAAUGCAAUAGGGAAUGCUAUGCCCCCGUACUUUGUAUUUGCCGGAAAACGUGCCAACGCAGACCUGAUGCAAGGAGCUAUGCCUGGAGCAGCCUCUACUAUGAGUGAUAAUGGCUGGUCAAAUGGUACAGUGUUUAGAAAGUAUAUAACAGAACAUUUCCUGAAGUACAUCGUCCGCAGGAACGACCCAGAGCAGCACAUCAUCCUCCUGUAUGAUGGACACAAAAGCCACAUUAACUCUGAGAUCAUCAACUGGGCCAAGUCUCAAAAUAUAAUUCUGUUUGUAUUGCCUCCUCACACCUCACACAGAUUGCAGCCCCUGGAUGUGGCAUGCUUUGGACCUUUCAAGCGCGCUCUCAACAGGGAGAUGGCAAGCUUCUUGAGGACCAAUCCUGGAAGACUCAUCACCCGAUAUGACAUCUGCCCUAUGGUAUGCAAGGCCUAUCCAAAGGGCCUUGCUCCUGCUAACCUCAUCAGUUCUUUUAAGAAAACAGGGAUUCAUCCUUUUGACGCCACCAAGAUUCCUGAGAGUGACUAUCUCCCCAACCAGUCCGUCACCCAUCGUCCUACCACUAAAGACUCCAUCCACUCCCAGGAUGUCAACGCAGCUGAUAAAUUUCUCGCAGAUAGGAUACCCCGACCAACCACACCACCAACCAAGAAGAGGAAGAGGGCACCAACAUUCUUUGGCGCAAUAACCGAGGAUGACCAUCCAAUUAAUAACCAAAAGACCGGUGUAACGGAAGAAGAGUCAGCACCCUUGAUUGAGACUCCGGCCACUCCACUUCAGCAGACACCUGACAUCAUCCCUGAGCCCAUGGAAGCAGAUGUUGCAGAGGCUGGACCAUCGUCAACUAGGCCGACCCCUGAAGACCAUGCCAGCAGCAGUGAUGAUGACGAUGAUCAGCCAACCGAUCCAUCAAAACUUUGUUGCGUGUGCAAAAAGUGGACGCCACCUCAUCCAACAUACAUCCUUGAAAUUUUCAACUGGGCGGAAUGUGAUCACUGUGGCCACUGGUGCCACCUGAAAUAUUGCAGUCCUGUCAGGGUUGUCCGUCGCUCUGACUCCUUCCUCUGUCCCCACUGUAAUUAGAAUAAGAUUAUUAGACCCACCGACUUAACAUCUCAUCUGGGGCCAUCCACUUGAUAUCAGAAGCAUUUGGGGCCUGUUGUAAAGUUUUGGUUGUCCAAAUUG